ACGACGGUAAAUUCCCGGUACCUUCCAGUGGUAUCUUCCCAAUCCGCGCGUUGCUUAGCAGGAAGCGGCCAUCGAUAGUUUCUAUUGACAAAUCAGGCAUCAGGAAAAUAAGUGGAAGUCGAUGGUUGUCUGUUCUUUCUAUCUUUCAUCCGACACCUUCCCGUUCUCAUAGAUAGCAUCCUAGCAAAUCCCCGACGGUGACUGGAGAGUUAAAACGCUGAAAACGCGUAGCCUAAGCAACUACAAUUUUAUUUCGUUCGAAUUCAGUCACUUUUUGUGCGAACAGUUUGAGCUACUCUCGUUCAACAUCAGUCGCGCGCUUUCGUAAUUCCUCUCCUCAACUGACAUUUCCUGUUUUAAAUAUAGUUUAUCUGGAUUUUUUUCUACUUUUUUCCCCCACUGGCGUUGCCAACGCAACACAGAUAGCCUGUCUCUGAACGCAGUCGUUCUUCGAAAAAACCUCCUGUGGCACUGAGACACAUUGGUCUACGCUUUGUCCCCUGUCUAGAUAGUCUCCACCCAAGACCAACAACAUGUUGGACCCAUCUUCCAGUGAAGAGGAAGCGGAUGAGAUAGUGGAAGAAGAAGGCAAAGAGGUGAUGGCACCAAAAACCGGGGGAGCACGGGUGUCACCCAGCCGGACCACCGACAGUUCUGGUGGGCUCCAGCCCUCGAGCCGGGGAAGCAGCGCUUGUCCGUCCAACCCCAGCCCCUCGGCGGCCAGCGAGAAGGAGAAAGAUGAUCUGGAAAAGAUGCAGAGGGAGGAGGAAGAGCGAAAGAAGAGGCUCCAGCUCUAUGUCUUUGUGAUGCGCUGCAUUGCCUAUCCUUUUAAUGCCAAGCAACCCACCGACAUGGCAAGACGACAACAGAAGAUCAGUAAGCAGCAGUUACAGACAGUGAAGGAGCGUUUCCAGGCUUUCCUCAGUGGUGACACCCAGAUAGUGGCAGACGAGGCCUUCAUCAAUGCAGUCCAGAGCUACUAUGAUAUAUUCCUGAAGAGUGACCGUGUGUCCCGGAUGGUCCAGAGCGGAGGCUGCUCGGCCAGUGACUCGCGGGAGGUUUUCAAGAAGCACAUUGAGAAGCGUGUCCGUAGCCUGCCGGAGAUCGACGGCCUAAGUAAGGAGACAGUGCUCAGCUCCUGGAUGGCCAAGUUUGACACAAUCUACCGCGGAGAGGAUGACCCCAGGAAGCACCAGCAGCGGAUGACAGCCAGUGCAGCCUCAGAGCUCAUCCUCAGUAAGGACCAGCUCUACGAGAUGUUCCAGUCCAUCCUGGGCAUCAAGAAGUUUGAGCACCAGCUCCUCUACAACGCCUGUCAGCUUGAUAACCCAGACGAGCAGGCUGCACAGAUCAGGAGAGAACUGGACGGACGACUGCAGAUGGCUGAUCAGAUCGCCAGGGGCGGCAAGUUUCCCAAGUUUGUGUCCAAAGAGAUGGAGGCCAUGUUCAUAGAGGAGCUGAGAUCCUCAGUGAACCUGCUGAUGGCUAACCUGGAGAGCAUGCCCGUGUCCAAGGGAGGAGAGUUCAAACUGCAGAAGCUCAAACGAGGGCACAACACCUCCAUCAUAGACAUGGGCCAGGAGGACGAGAACACGCUGUCCAAGUCUGAUGUGGUGCUCUCCUUCACUCUGGAGGUGGUGAUUGUGGAGGUUCAGGGGUUAAAGUCGCUGGCGCCCAAUCGGAUCGUCUACUGCACCAUGGAGGUGGAGGGGGGGCAUAAGCUCCAGACUGACCAGGCCGAGGCCUCCAAACCAACCUGGGGGACCCAGGGGGACUUCACCACCACACACCCCCUGCCUGCUGUCAAGGUGAAGUUGUUCACUGAGAGCACAGGAGUCCUGGCCCUGGAGGACAAAGAGCUUGGCAGGGUGGUACUCCAUCCGACCCCUAACAGUCCCAAACAGUCCGAACUACACAAGAUGUCCGUGUCCAAAGGCUGCCCUGACAGUGACCUGAAGAUCAAACUGGCCAUCCGCAUGGACAAGCCACAAAACAUGAAGCACUGUGGGUACCUAUGGGCUAUUGGUAAAAAUGUGUGGAAGAGAUGGAAGAAGAGAUUCUUUGUCUUGGUGCAGGUGAGCCAGUACACCUUUGCCAUGUGCAGCUACAGAGAGAAGAAGGCAGAGCCUGUGGAGCUGCUUCAACUGGACGGCUACACUGUAGACUACACCGACCCUCAGCCAGGUCUUGACGGUGGGAGGACCUUCUUCAAUGCAGUAAAGGAAGGUGACACUGUGAUCUUUGCCAGUGAUGACGAGCAGGACCGCAUCCUGUGGGUCCAGGCUAUGUACCGGGCCACGGGCCAGUCCCACAAGCCAAUCCCCCCCACCCAGGUCCAGAAACUCAACAACAGAGCAGGCUCCGCACCUCAGCUAGACGCACCCAUCUCCCAGUUCUACGCGGACCGGGCGCAAAAACAUGGCAUGGAUGAGUUCAUCUCAGCCAACCCCUGCAGCUUUGACCACUCCUCUCUGUUUGAGAUGGUGCAGCGCCUCACCCUGGACCACAGACUCAAUGACUCCUACUCCUGUUUGGGUUGGUUCAGUCCAGGCCAGGUGUUUGUCAUGGAUGAAUACUGUGCUCGUAAUGGUGUGCGGGGGUGUCACAGACACCUGUGUUACCUGGGUGACCUGCUGGAGAGAGCAGAGAAUGGGGCUAUGAUUGACCCCACCCUGCUGCACUACAGCUUUGCCUUCUGUGCCUCACACGUCCAUGGCAACAGGCCUGACGGGAUAGGAACUGUCACUGUCGAGGAGAAGGAACGCUUUGAGGAUAUCAAAGAGAGGCUGCGUGUUCUGCUGGAGAACCAGAUCACACACUUCAGGUACUGUUUUCCAUUUGGUCGACCGGAGGGGGCCCUGAAAGCCACUUUGUCCCUGCUUGAGAGGGUGCUGAUGAAGGAUAUUGUGACUCCUGUGCCCCAGGAGGAGGUGAAGACAGUCAUCCGUAAAUGUCUGGAGCAGGCAGCCUUGAUCAACUACCAGCGCCUCUCAGAAUACGCCAAAGUAGAAGGGAAAAAGAGAGAAAUGUAUGAGCAUCCUGUCUUCUGCUUGGCGUCUCAAGUGAUGGAUUUAACCAUUCCGGAGAAAACUCAGAAAGAUAAGAAAGAUCAUCAGGAUCAGGAUCCAGAGAAUGUAGGGCGCUUAGUCACCCCAGCCAAAAAGCUGGAGGACACCAUCCGCCUGGCCGAAUUGGUCAUCGAGGUUCUCCAACAGAAUGAGGAGCACCAUGCAGAGGCUACAGUCACAAGUACUGGAAAUCAGUUGGGCAAAGAGGCGUUUGCAUGGUGGUCUGACCUGAUGGUGGAGCACGCAGAGACCUUCCUGUCUCUGUAUGCGGUGGACAUGGACGCUGCUCUGGAGGUGCAGCCCCCUGACAGCUGGGACAGCUUCCCUCUCUUCCAGCUCCUCAACGACUUCCUGAGGACCGACUAUAACCUGUGCAACGGGCAGUUCCAUAGACACCUGCAGGACCUGUACGCCCCCCUUGUGGUGCGAUAUGUGGACCUCAUGGAGUCAUCUAUCGCCCAGUCCAUCCACAGGGGCUUCGAGAGGGAGUCCUGGGAGCCUGUCAAGAGCCUAACAAGUAAUCUUCCUGAUUUGAGUCUACCAAAUGUCAAGCUCCAAAUGCCCAAAGUACCAAAUCUACCACCAGUUAGCCUUCUAACAAUGCCUAGCUUUUCUACACCCAACUGGAUGGCAGCUACAUGUGACUCAGAUAAUGGCUCGGGGACAUCCGAGGAUCUGUUCUGGAAGCUGGAUGCACUGCAGACCUUCAUCAGAGACCUGCACUGGCCUGAGGAGGAGUUUGGCAAACACCUGGAGAGCAGGCUCAAACUCAUGUCCAGCGACAUGAUUGAGUCCUGCGUCAAACGAACGAGGGUGGCCUUUGAGGCCAAGCUCCAGAAGAGCAGUCGGACCACAGACCUCCGCGUGCCUCAGUCCAUCUGCACCAUGUUCAACGUGAUGGUGGAUGCCAAGGCCCAGUCAGCCAAGCUGUGUGCCAUGGAGCUGGGACAGGAGUUUGUUAGAGAUUGGAGACAGUACCAUUCCCAAAUCGACGCUCUCAUAGAGGAAACUGUGAAGGAGAUGAUCACCUUACUGGUAGCAAAGUUUGUGGUCAUUCUAGAGAGUGUCCUAGCCAAACUGUCCAGAUACGACGAGGGCACUCUCUUCUCCUCCUUCCUCUCUUUCACAGUGAAAGCUGCAUCAAAGUAUGUGGAUGUACCUAAGCCUGGGAUGGACAUUGCAGACGGUUACGUGACCUUUGUGCGCCAUUCUCAGGACAUGCUGCGGGAUAAGGUCAAUGAGGAGGUGUAUGUAGAAAGGUUAUUUGCCCAAUGGUACACCAGCACCAUGAACCUCCUGGGUAUGUGGCUGACUGACCGGAUGGACCUACAGCUCCAUGUCUACCAACUCAAGAUCCUCAUCAGAGUAGUCAAGAAAAAGUACCGCGACUUCCGGCUGCAGGGCGUCCUGGACUCCACACUAAACAGUAAGAUGUAUGACACGGUGCGGAACAGACUGACCCUGGAGGAGGCCACGGCGUCGGUGAGGGAAGGAGGGAUGUCGGGCAUAUCCAUGAAGGACAGUGAUGAAGACGACGAUGAUGACUAGAUCAACAUCACCGGAUGGAGCCUGUGAAUCAAUGCAUGUACCAACUUUGUUAACCACUGGACCAAUCUUAUAGGGUUAUUAUUUUCCACUGUCAGAUAGAUAGAAAUACCCACAAAGGAACAACAAUACAAAUUAGUAACCAAAUACAUAAAUUAUAAUUAUAUUAGUUAUUAUAAUUAUAAAAUAUAUAUAUUUAUGUGUUGAACUAAAAAAGUAUAGGUGUUUUACAAAAAAAAAAGUGAACAUUUGCCUAGCAUUCACUCUUGAAUGUUCCUAAGCAAUAUGGAGAGCCAUGUAUGCGAUGUUGAGUACCAUGAUUAGGGAUAAUGCUUGGUGUGUACCUGUUGAAUGCAAACCUGUUGAGGCGCUUUGCUAACGUACUGUGAAUACAGUAAUGGUACAUCAUUGUGAGGAGGAGAGUAACAUCACCUAUUGUUCUCAUUCCUCUCAGAGCGUAUGUCUACUGCCUAAAGGGAACCAAACUACAGACAGCCAGGCAACCUGUUUGUAUCUAGAUUACAAUAUAUUAUAAAAA